CAAGAGACAAAUGGUCACCGCCAGCGCAAGCGCAAGCGUUCUCCUGCUGGAACACUGAAGGCGAAGGCUCAGCAAAGCCCUUUUUCACUUUCGGGAACUCUAGCGCAAGACGAGUUGAUCGACUACUACACAGUUGAACCCCACCAACAAUGGGACAAAAUGAGCCGAUACAAUAGCUUCAUCCUGAAGGACAAGAAAUUCGAGCGCGGAGACUUCGUUCUGGUGGCCAACGAAGCGACUCUGAAGGGAGCGAAUAAUGCACGAGACUCGAAACAGACGACCGGCGAAUCGAGUCACUUCUGGAUCGCCUACAUCCUAGAAAUUAGAGCUGCUGAUGAGAAUAAGGUGUUUGCUCGGGUUUACUGGAUGUACUGGCCAGAUGAACUGCCGCCAGGUACGUUCAACGGCAAGAAAUCCAUCCGAGGACGCCAGCCAUACCACGGUCGCAAUGAGCUUAUAGCAUCCAACCACAUGGAUGUCGUCGAUGUACUGUGCGUCGAGGGGCCUGCAUCCGUGAAGCAAUGGAUGGAAUCCUCAGAUGACGAGCUCAAUUCAGAUUUCUUUUGGCGACAGAGAUUUGACUGUCAUCAGAAGCAACUCACGUCUGCCGAACCAAUUUGUAGAUGCGAGCUCCCUGCUAACCCACACCGACGCACAAUCGGCUGCUCAACAUGCGGCAUGUGGUUUCAUGAAUGGUGCCUCAUAUGGGGCACUCUUGAACGGCUUCGAAAUAGACUA